CUCUCUUACACACAGAGAAACCCUGAAGCUUUGCUUCUCUUCUCUUUCUCUUGUUACUUUCAAUUCGAUCAAAAAUUUCGAGCCAAAAAGGGCUCUGAAAUGUAUAUGAAAUUCUCAUCCUUCAAGCUCUUGCUCAUCGGUGGAGAGGUUGUUGAAGAAGAAGGCGAGUGGGAGAAGGAACGUUAACUUCUUCUCUUUUUUCUAUUUCCCUUUUGGUCGUAAUCUCGUAAUCACCAUUGUUGAAAAGCUUGAGAUUGGAAGUUGGAACGUCUUUCUAGUCAAUUACGAACAACGUGUGCGUAGUGCAGAUUCUUGAUUGAGAUUUCCGAAUUGAGAGUUGUUUAUUUUUUUUCUUCUCUGAUUGGUUGAUUUUGAUAUUGAAUGACGGCGAUAAUGGUGAAGGAUACGAUUCUGAUGUCUGGUAUCGAAGCGAAAUUAACGUCGGUGAAGGUGGACGGCGGUGGCGAUGUUGAGUUUGUGAAAUGCGAGUGCUGCGGGCUGACGGAGGAAUGUACUCCGACGUAUAUCGCGACGGUGAGAGAGAACAAUCAGGGGCGGUGGAUUUGUGGACUUUGUACGGAGGCUGUGAAGGAGGAGAUGGAGAGAUCUUGUUCGGAGUCAGAGGAAGAAGCGUUGGAUCGACAUAUGAGAUUCUGUAAGAACUUCCGGUCGUCGGUGAGUUCGCCGCCGUCAAAUCCAACGGAAGAACUCAUCUCCGCCGUGAAACAGCUUCUUUUCAGAAGUUUGGAUUCUCCAAGAGCCGGCGAGAUCCACCACCACCACCGUUGAACCGGAAAAUUCAAACUGCUACCGGUUUAUCUUCAUCAUCUUCAUUUGUUCGAUUGAAGAACUUUCGUUUUAGCUUUUAGAUGAUUGAUCGAUUAUCAGUUAUUAGGUAUAAGCAAUUACGAGGAUCAAGCUUCAAAAUUCCAUAGUUUUGUGAAGUUAGAGUUAUGAAACCUAAUUUAAGCUUUGAUAUCCUGAAAAUUUCCAUGGAUAUUAAGUAUUAAAUGAGGAAUAAAUUUCUUGUUUAUUGAUCACAUAACCAUUUCCUUUUGCAUAAAAUCAUAAUUUACUCA